AUGAUUGAGGUUGUGAGCAGUGAUGAGACGAUCCCUCUUAAGCCACACGUCUAUAGUUUGAGUUCCCUUUCCUGUCGAGUAUUGAGUGAGAAAUGCCAGGACUUACCGUUGAUUAUCGACGGACGCGGACACCUGUUGGGUCGCUUGGCCUCAACUGUGGCCAAGACUUUACUCCAAGGUCAGAAGGUUGUUGUCGUCCGAUGCGAGGCAAUCAAUAUUUCGGGCAUGAAGUAUUUGUCGUUUUUGCGUAAGAAGUGUAAUGUGAACCCAUCGCGUGGUCCGUACCACUAUCGCGCCCCGAGUAAGAUCUUCUGGUCGUCCGAUGCGAGGCAAUCAAUAUUUCGGGCAUGUAUUUGUUGUGAUAUUUCAGUGAAGUAUUUGUCGUUUUUGCGUAAGAAGUGUAAUGUGAACCCAUCGCGUGGUCCGUACCACUAUCGCGCCCCGAGUAAGAUCUUCUGGCGCACCGUUCGAGGAAUGCUUCCGCAUAAGAUCAAACGCGGCGACAAAGCGCUCGACAAUCUCCGUGUCGUCGAAGGCAUUCCUCCGCCGUAUGACAAGAAGAAGCGACUCGUCGUUCCGUCGGCUCUUCGUAUCGUUCGACUCAAUCCCCGACGAAAGUACUGUUCUGUGGGCCGUCUGUCCCAUGAGGUCGGCUGGAAGUAUCAGUCGGUGAUCGAGACAUUAGAGCUGAGACGGAAGGCGAAGGCAGCGAUUCGGUUCUCGAAGGUCAAGAAAGACGCCAAACUGAGAGCUGAGGCCAAGAAAUCGUUGGAAACAAGACUGAAACCAUUGACGGAUCAAAUCAAGGCUUUCGACAAUGUGCUAAACGGUAUCCAACAGGCGGUGCUAUUUCUUAUUUUUGAGGGGAUCGGGUGGCGUCAAACUGGUCACGCCAUCCAACCACGUGGAAGCGAUGAUUUUGUCAAUACUAAUGCGAUGGUUGAAACGGUGUUCGAGGCAUCGGGUGAUGAGAUCCCAGGCCGGAGAGCCUUUCGGUAUGGAUUCGGGGAACUGUAUAUAUACUCUUCGUUGGAAGGCUUUGGAUCGCAAAUGUUUGGGUUCAGCGGCACUAAAAACGGGUAUUCGGCGAACAUUUCUGAGAAUUUCGGGACACCAAUAGGCACGGGUGCCGACCGCUCUGUUGUCCCACUCGUAUCCGGUCUCGUUCUUGUAAGCGGUGGCCAACAUACCAAAGUCAGUCAGUUUGCAGACCUUUGUCGACUCGCCUUUGCGUCUGAAUACGAGCACAUUAUCGAGUUUGAGGUCGCGAUGCGCUUUGCCGUUCUUAUGCAGGUAUCGCAUACCGGAGCAGAUCUGUCCGAAAUAGUUUUUGGCUGUCGUUUCGUUCAAUACUCGACAGGAAAGGGAACUCAAACUAUAGACGUGUGGCUUAAGAGGGAUCGUCUCAUCACUGCUCACAACCUCUGCCGGCAUUACAUAAACACUGAGUCCCGUUUAGUGCCUCCAAAACACGUUGUCUUCCCUUUCCUUCUGAGCGUUCAUUCAUUUCCGAUGGACAAAAUAAAGUUAGCGAAAGUGACAAAAGUGUUGGGAAGGACUGGAUCUCAGGGACAGUGCACUCAAGUGAGAGUGGAGUUCUUGGACGACAACAGAUCCAUCAUUCGCAACGUGAAGGGACCCGUCCGUGAAGGCGAUGUCCUCACACUCCUCGAGGUUGUGACCGAACCCUCCAACGGACCAGUUAUGCCCUUCUUCUUCGGUCCGGCGCCCAUCCGGCGAACCAUUCCAUACCUGUCUUCGGGGAAACUGCUCUUCAGAAACCGCGUGAAGAUAAUGGAAGUGAAUUAUAACAUGUAUUGGAAGUAUUGGCGAAAAGACGGAUCACAUAAACCACAUCAAUAUGACGCUCACGUCGGGCUUAGAGAGUUCUACUUCUGGAAUGUGCCACAAAUCCAAUACAUGAAUCCAGACGUGCAGAUAAUGAGACAUUUGGAGAAGUUCCCCAAUCCAUUCAUCCGGUGUUGGCUCGAAGACGGUCGGGAUGUGCUCUUCGACUGUGACUCUAAGAAUAGACACGAGAUUUUAGAUCAAUUGAACAAAACGUUGGGGAAAACAGAGGAGAUCCACGCCAUGGAGAAGAGUAUCACCGCUGAGGAGAAUCCGGCCCUCUUUGCCUAUAAGGCCAAGCGGUGGUGCAUGUGUUCAAUCCCUGGUCAGUGUCCGUGUCCUGGAGUCAUACAAUUGCCCAAAACUAUGAGAGGAAAGUACUUCAACUUCUUGAAGGAGGACUUGGAGAAGGAGGAGAAGGCUAUCAUCGAAGGCAGUGCCGAACCGGUCUAUGAGCCCAUUCACAGGCCUUUCCUCAAUCAACAGAGGAAGUACUGGAAAGACCCCAAAGCCAACACUUCUUAGCCUUUAGUUAA